AUGGCUACCGCGGUGCUGGAAGGAGGAGAUCACUCCAUAAACAAUGGUCUCCACGCGUCAACGAGCGGUAUGAUAGAUCCGUUCGUCGACCAUACCCCCCCAGAGCACGCCUCACAUGCCCACCGCUAUUCUGCUCUUGUCGAUCCAGAUGCAAUCACCUUGGGAGCCAGCACAUCGCCCUCCCAGGUCAAACGCAGUUUGGAAGCCCACAUUAUUGAAACAGAGCGCCGUCUGCAUGAUACACAGAAGCUCGGCCAGUCGCUGCUGCAACAACAGGCAGAUUUACAAGAAAAACUCCUCGAAGUAGAUCAACAGCAAGGUGAUGCUGAAAUUUCUCCCGAGUUAAGGCGCAGACUGGCAGAUUUGGAGAGAGAACACAAUGAUGUUGGGAAGGAGAUUGCAAGAGCUUUGCUGGGCCCCAAGUCGAGAGCUGUCAGUGGAGAGGAAAAGCCGGGAGCGGAACCCUCGACUCUGUCAAGUCAAGCUACUGCCUCACCAACCAAGGUCACAGCCCCCAGCAGACGACAGAGAAACCAGCCGAGCAAUCGCGCUGGAGACUUACAGUUUGCUGCUGACAUCAGCACAUCUCUGCUCGCACAGGUCCGCCAACUACAAAGUGCUGUCGCCGAACGAGAUGAUCUUCUCAAGCAAGCAAACGCAGACAGGGAUCGACUCGAACGAGAGUCUUUGGUUUUUACUCAGCGACUCAGGGCCCAUGACGAGAAUGAACAAAAAUAUAAGGACGAAAAUUGGAAUCUGGAGACGCAGUCACAUGAAUUAAUGGCGUCUGCUCGCGAGGCCAAUGAGCGAGAGAAGAAGCUGAGAGCAAGUCUCGCUCUCGCCCUCGCUGAGAAGACUCGAUCCCAAACAGAGAUGGACGAGCUUCGCUUACAGCACGAGAAGUUGGCAGAAGAUCACGCAGCCGCGAAGAAGGCACACGAUACUGAACUCCACACCUUGAAGCGAAGUAUUGAUGUGGGCGAGAGCGAACGAGGCGCACUGCAGAGUAAACUUGACGAGCUGACGGCACAAAACCAAGAGCUGGCUCAUGCUGUCGCCGCAAGGCUGCGCGGUCACGACCCAGACGCAGAGAAUAUCAUUGGCAACGAGCACGACGAGGAUUUCCGAGAUGUUGAAGCUCCCGAGGAUUCUCCCCCGCCAUCCCCGACAAAGGCAACACCCCGUCAUGGAGGCUUGGAAUCAGAAACCCUCCGAAGCUCAUUACACCACGCGCACAGGAUGAUCCAAAACCUCAAGAAUAACAUUCAUCGCGAAAAAACCGAGAAAAUCGAACUCAAGCGCAUGUUGCAGGAUGCUAGGGACGAACUUGAGCAACGCCGUGGCGAUGGAAGCUUGGGAAGUAGUAGCAAGCGACAGAAGACCAAAUCUGAGACCUUCAAGAAGCCGCCUCAUCCUAACAUGCUCGGUGGCGGCAGGAGAACUCGAACCGAUGUAGAGUUUGACGAUGACGACUGGGAAGAUCAUGUCGCUGACACUCCCACACAUCCUUCUACUCAGCGAUUUCUCGCAGUUCCUACUCAAGCUGAAGGACGCGUUACAGAUGUUAGCGAUGCAUAUCAUACUGCAACCGAGAAUGAAGGCGCCUUUGAAACUGCAGAUGAGCGCCACACCACGGAAAGUGAAGACUUCCAGACAGGUGCCGAGAGUCUUGCAGGCGAUAGCACGGAUGACUUGACUGAGACCGAGGAAACCUCUUCUCUAUCUCACCGGGUCAAAGCGCCCAAAGGGCCGAGACCAUCACUCUCUUUCAGAGCGAUGGGUGAUAGGCAGUCUUACGUCAGUACUGCUUCUACGUCGGCCGGAGAAGAGGAUGAAGAAGACUUGAAAACUCCUGUUGUGACUCAAACGCAUAAAUUCCGUCUGAGAAAUGGCCGACAAUCCUUCGGCCGCCAAUCGAGAGCUUCAACGGAGAACACUCCUACACAGCUGUACUCUGAAGGAGUUUCCGCAGAUUCACCCGCAACUGUAACCAGCGAGCGUAGCCCCCCUGCUCCUGAACAGAGCCUCUUCGCAGAACUUGGUGGAUAUGAGGGAGGCUCAAACUUCGGGACUCCCGGCAGAUCUAGCAUUGCUUCUGCUACGUCUACACCAGGCCUUCCUGCCUUCACUCCGAGCAGGCAGAGCACUCUUGGCCCAUCGCUGUUGAGCCGGGAAAGGGUCGUUCUGGUUGACUCUGGCACAAUGACGGAACCAUGGCAGCCUGAAACAACACCUUCCUCCCAAGCGGUGGCUGUGGCCGUGUCAACAGAGGAGAGAGGCACGAGCGCACCACCUUCACCUGAGCGCAUCACAACUCCUGCUUCACUAUCGCCCAUCGACUUCCCUCUGCCCCCCACACUUCCAAGUUCCCCUAUCAAACACAUCGAUAAUGGAACACAAUAUACUCCUCAACGAAAUCUGCAGGAGAGUCCACUUAGGAAUGCAGCCUUCAUUACCCCUCCAAAGACUGUUUGGGAUGAAGCUCAGAGUCCAGAACCAACGCAGGGUGAGCUUGAGCGGACUGUCACUGCACAAAUUCCUCGACCAUUGGGCUAUUCCAAUUUGUUAAUGCACGGCACGGAACCGCUUUCGCCAGAAAGGGCUCCUCAGCCCACACCACCAUCACCCGAGCGCCUCACAUUCUCUUCCAUCCAGUCUCAGGUGACAAAGCCAGUGCAAACACCAAGCGAGCCCAAGGCAAACGCGAUCACAUCUAUGUCAACGCAAGUCGAGGACAGCCCUAGCCGUCCCAGCACUGCACAGAAAGUCGGGGUGACCGGCCUGCUGGCUUCUACGGCUGCUGUUCCUGGGGUUGACAAAUCAAACGAGUCGAAAGCUCCAGCAAUCAUGGAAGAUGAGACUAGUGAGCAAGAGCAGCCUGCCAUACGAUCCGAUAUUAGGCAGAGAAAACCACUCAGCGAUGUCUCAGGCAAUUCCGUACCUACCAAAAACAUGAAACCCCUAGAGUCUGAGAAAGAUUCCCAGAACGCUAUCCCAGCUCUCGUCUCCAGCAGCGACCAAGCAUCACAAACGCUGCUUACUGCUGAAGAGAUUGAGAAGGCUUUGCAAACGAAGACUAGAGCAAUGAUCCCAGUCUUGCAAGAUCUGCCCAUGCGCCUUCCGCCACCUACUGAAGUUACUAGGCCUCGAGAAUUGGCUCCUAUCUCGACAGAAGGGCUGGACCGCGACACGGUUUCCGCCUUCUCCUUCCCUUCACCACCAAUUAAACGCCCCUCGAGUGCAUCGAGCCAGAGGUUAUCAAGCGCAAACUCGAAUCAUCCACCCUUGCCGGCCGAUCACAUGGAAGCUAUUGCAAAAGCAAGCAGCAGAGUGGCUUCGCCAACACGCGAAAUGAACCAGUCCAAUCAAGCUACCACCAUCAUGGGCCCACCUGCUUUCCCAGCCUCAGCCAUGCGUCGUCCGAAGACACCUGGCGAUUCUAUUCGAUCACCCACUCGCGAUAGCAACACGGUACGAAGCUCUAACGUUGGCCGUUACAAUCGUGGAACUGUUGCCUCACAGAUGUCCCGCCGUUCAUCAGUGUCAUCAUUUGCCUCAGAGGUCGAUGUCCGCUUCAACCUGCCAGGAAAUCCACAAGUGUCACCACAUAACUUUGGUACUGACCCGAAGAUCAUCCAGGCUAUCACCCAAACGAUGAUCGGCGAAUUCUUGUGGAAGUACACUCGUAAAGCAGGUCGCGCUGAAAUGUCAGAGACACGCCAUCGCAGAUAUUUCUGGGUUCAUCCAUAUACCAAGACCCUUUAUUGGUCCGAUCAAGAUCCUCAAACAGCCGGCAGAAAUGAAAUGAGGGCAAAGAGCGUUUUAAUUGAAAGUGUCCAGGUAAUUAAUGAUGACAACCCUAUGCCGCCUGGUUUGCACCGCAAAAGUAUUGAAGUCGUGACACCUGGUCGACGGGUAAGGUUCACCGCAAGUACUGGCCAGAGACAUGAGACGUGGUGCAAUGCUUUGAAGUAUCUGCUAGUGCGCAAUGAAGAACAAAAUGGCGAGCGCUAUACUGCUGGAGGAAAUGAGAUAACACGAGAUGACGUGAAUGAGUUUAGUGUCAAUGGAGCUGGCUAUAGAGCUUCUCUUGCAAGAGAUGGAAGUCGCAUGAGCCUUUCUAGCUACAACUCACGGACGACUCGUGGAUCAGUGGUCCCUGGGCAGAAUCUUGCUCCUGGUGUCGCUGUUAGCAGCAGCGCUACGCGUACUCCACAUGAUUCUACAGCAAGUCGCACAGCACCCAGCUCCGUGGUUCGGAGAAGUCGUGCUGAUCAGGCCCAAGAUGGUGAUGGAGACCGCACUGUGAGGGCAAGCAGCGUUAGUCGAUUCUCACGUAUGAUUGGGUCAGUCACAGGAAGGACUCCGCGUGCCAGUGAAGCGUUUACUACUCCUGGUGGGGCUUCUAGUGAAGGUACUAGCAUUUACGAUGCUAGUGUCGUCGGUGAUGGCCGUAAAGACUCAGCAGAAGAACUACGAAGAGAGAUGUUGAAACAGGAACAAGUUGGCUUUGGAGGCCUGGAGAAUGUGCGGGCUUGUUGUGAUGGUAAGCCAACUUAUUUAUCAUAUGCUUCUGUGACUAAUCCAAAACGUUCAGGCAAGCACGACGUCUCAACGUUGACACAUGCUCACCGUCAUGGCUCAAACUCAGGCCAUAUGCACCGUGGCAUCAGUAUGAGCAUGAGCCUCAGGGGGUCGGCGAGACGAAGCGGCGCGGCUUCAGCCCCUGCCGCCCAAACACCGACCAAAACCGGAGCAUCGUAA